UAGAGACUAAAGUAGGUGGAGCUUUGUUCCGCCAGAAAUGGCGGAUGAACGUUGGGUGAAUAAGGAACUAGUUGUGAUGGUGGAAAUCGGUACAGCUGUGAUGGCUAAUGUGCUGUAGACAGCUGGCGUUAAGUCAUGGGUGUGGAGCUGGUGUCAACGGUGGCAGCAGUGCAGAAAAAGGAUAACACCAGCGCAGAAGGCAUGCGUUGUCAGCAGUCGAACCCAACUGAGGAUGGCGAAGGAGCAUGGGGCACUCUCCACCCCCUGCUCCAGACUGGAGAGCGCUGUACUGGGGUCAAUAACCAGCCAUACGUUUGUGAGACUGGGCACUGCUGUGGAGAGACCGGUUGCUGCACUUACUACUAUGAACUGUGGUGGUUCUGGCUCCUGUGGACUUUGCUAAUACUUUUCAGUUGUUGUUGUGCAUACCGACAUCGCCGAACCAAACUCCGCAUCCAGCAACAGCAACGCCAGCGGGAGAUCAACCUCAUUGCAUACCAUGGUGCCUGCAACUACCCUGCCUCCAUGCUAGAUCUUCGACUUCUAGCUUCAUUGAAGUUACCAGCAUAUGAAGAAGUAGCUGACCAUCCCAGCACUCCUCCUCCACCAUACAGUGCUGUCCUUGCACAGGUCAGUGGGCACUAUGCUCACCCUGGGCCCAGUGUCCUGACACCUUCUCAAAGUUCAGAUAACUACACCAGCUGUUCUUGUGAAUCAAGUUCUGUCACUUCACCUAGCAGCACUUCCUUCUCUGUACAGGUCACAGAUGAAACUGAAACCAGCAACGAAACAACUCCCACUGAUGUUGAAACAAGACCUGACAGUGGUGAUAUGGUGAGUACUACCCAUGAAGAAGCCCCUGCUGAGGCUGCUACAGCAGAUCCAUCACAGAAGGAGCCAGGACUGUCAAAACAUGCCCUUUUUUCUUCAAAUAUAGAUUUUUUUGAGGCAGAUUGCCAUAGAUGUUCAGAUGUGGAGGAAGAAGGUGAAGACGAAGAUGAGGGUCAUUUCAGACACCGCCGACUAACAGGAGAUUCAGGAAUUGAAGUAUGCCAUUGCAAAGUUGAUGUUGAUGAUAGUGAUGAAGAUUGUGCCAGAGAGGACACCCAGUUCCUCCAUGAUAGCCCUGGGUGUUCAAGUAAUUUAAAAUCUGAAUCCCAACAGCCCAGCUCACCACGGCCAUCAAGACCUGACAGCUUAAAUGGACUGAACAGCAGCUCAGUCUCCAGUGCAGCUGCUGUCCAGCCUGUUUGAAGAAAUGUGCAACAAGAGUGAGGCUGAAAAUCUGCCCAAGGUUCUUACUAUAGAGCUUCAUGUAAGCAUAUACAGCCAGAGCUGUGAAAUAUGCUCAUUGGUAACCAUUGACCACUGUAGGUAGUUGGUUGGACUGUUAAUGUAAGGCCAAGCUACGUGUAGUUGGCAUUUGUGUAGCAGAACCGAAAAGAAGAAUGAGGUUAAGAGUUUGUUUAAUGCCAUUCAUUCAGUCCAUACUGCUGCCUAAGUUUUACACUGACUGGGAGACUCAAAAUAGUUAACUUCCGUUAUAUAUAAAAUGAACAAAGAAAUAAAAAUGUUGAAUUCAUGUAAUCAGCCAAGCUUUCCUAUAGAGAGUGGUGUAUACUACCUUUCUGCCACAGAGAUGAUUUGUUAAAGUCCUAGAAAGGACUAUGAAUUUGAUGUUUAAUAUAUUUUAUAUCAUAUAAGCUGUAUUGAGAUUUAUCUACUGUUAAGAUCAUGUGUAUUUAUAGAGAUGCAGUAACACGUCAGUUGUCAGAUGCUUACUGGUGGGAAACAACUUAUCCCCUGCAUCUUUUGUAUGGAAAAACUAAAUAGAACAGUGCUUCCUGCAUAUUAGAAUACGUGGUCCAUCUCAAAAAGUGUACCCCAUUAUUCCUAGAUCAUUAUUUCGAGCUUCUUACUGAUGUUCUGGAAUCUGUGACUACACCAUGAAUAAAGUAAAUCAAAAUGA